UUGCGCCCGUGCCCAAGAACGCUGCGUGAGCUAUCGGUUCGCGCCGCCACUGCCCAUGUGCCGCCCUUUUGAGAUUGAAUCUAGGCUCAAUGUGAGCCACCUGCUUCCUGGCUUUAACGUGCCCCCGCAGCAACAGCAGCAACAAGCCAUGUACGCCAUGGCGAAGCCAGCUGCCCCGUUCAUGCUGUCGUCGUUUAAAGCGCCCCAAUUCGACGUGAUGCCCACCAACAACAACUUUGACUCGUUCGAAGACCUCCUCGACUGCUCCAUCCUCGACGACGACUCGGACCUGCACCUGAACGUCGGUGACGAAGACUUUGACCCGACCGAACUCGCUAUCUUGUCCAAGUACGUUGAAGUCAUUCCUCUCGACGAUGCCGACAACCACAAUGUCAAGACCGAGAUCUCCGUGAUGGACCAACAACCCGGCAUGGUCACGUUGAACCUCUUGGACGAUAUGAGCUUGGACUUAAACAUGCUCUCGGAUGAGGACAUGAUGCUCACAAACAUGCAGCUGAAGGCCCCUCUCGAUAUGACUGCUACCCCGAUGGUAAUGAACGACACCUGGCCGAACCAAGGAUCGUCAUGCACAUCGGACGACCGCCACCAUGACGAACACGACGUGUCGGCCCCCUUCAAGAGCCGCCGAUUCUGUUCCGUCGACGGCUGCGACAAGCGCUCCCGGUCGCAUGGCUUGUGCAUCGCCCACGGUGGUGGACGCCGCUGCGCUGUUGAAGGCUGCGGCAAGUCCAGCCAAGGAGGCAACUUGUGCAUCAAGCACGGCGGUGGCAAGCGCUGCCAAGUCGAGAACUGUGACAAAGCCGCCCAAUCUAACCUGCUCUGCAAGAUGCACGGCGGCGGUCCCCGCUGCCUCUUUGCCAACUGCCACCGCAGCUCCCAAGGCGGUGGAUUCUGUCGCACCCACGGCGGUGGAAAGCGUUGUCUGUUCGAAGGAUGCGACAAGGGCACUCAACGCGGUGACUUUUGCGCCCUUCACGGCGGUUCCCGACUCUGCGGUGUGUCUGGUUGCAUGCGCAACGACCGUGGCGGUGGAUUCUGUGCCACCCACGGCGGCGGCAAGCGCUGCUCGCAAGAAGGGUGCCAGAAGCCGUGCCGCCGCCAAGGCAUGUGCUCCACCCACCUCCGCUUGUCCGGCUCGGCCUAAGCGGUGGCUUCCUCACCGAGCGAGCGCGUGGGGGUCGUAUGCAUCACGGACGACGUGGACGGAAGUGUGCGCUGCCCUCAAUACUGCGGGAGCUCCCCACUUGUUUGCGUCCUCUCGUUGUAAAGCAUCCGUCAAACAUGCAUUUUUGUGUUGCGUUUCGAUGGCCGGUGGAAGGUUCACGAUGGGGCGAUAAAAUAUUUUAUUUCGGUACAGUUUUGAUGAAAUGGUUGGAAUCUUUGAAAAAUUCAUCGCAUGGGAAAUAUACACAUUUUAUCCGACGGCAUGCGAAAAAUCCAAACCCUGCCGUGUCGCCCGCCGGUGGCGCGGCCAGUCCCUUGCAGUAAGAAGUCCAACGUUCCUGCUGACGUCGUCGUGGCAUGCAUGGAUUGAAUUAUGCGCUUGCGCCUUGCGUCGCGUGCUCUCAUUUGGUGCAGAAUCGAUCCGAAUCAACUCGGGUUGCGAAUGUUGCUUGCCCUGGACGGAUGCAACCAUAGCUGUUGAAUCACUCGAGCUGAACUGCUGGCGGCCAGGCAUGCAAACGAGUUCUCGAUAUCUAGAGUGAUGCACGCCUGCCACGACAGGACUUGAAUUGCGUGGAUGUCAAUACUGGGUCCAUCGGGUGCCCG